AUGAUUCAAGAUUCAGAAAGGGGCUCAUUAAAGUUUGAACUACCAAAACUCCAAAUAGAAGUGGGGUUCUGGAAGGCAGCCAGUAACUUUAAAUAUAACGUGCUUAAAUCGAAUGAAGAUUCAUUUGAAAUACUUGGUUUCUACAAUCAAGAAACAAACAUUAUUCGAAUAAGACAAGAAUCCUUAAACGCAAAUAAUAAAGAUUAUUCAGCUUAUAAUAAUUCUGUUAUUGGAAAAUUGAGUCUAGUAAAUUCUUUGUCUACUGUUUUAUGUUCAAAUGAUAUUGAACAUGAUUAUGACUAUCAGUUAGAAUCUACGAUUGAAAAUGCAAGGAAAUGGUCGAAUAGUAGUACAAAUAAUCAAGAAAAUUUUCCGUUUACUUUUAAAAUGUGUAUUUAUUUUGAUUUUAAAACCCAAAUAGUUUAUUACAGUGCCCUAUUUCCGAAUUUAACUAUUCAUUUCAAUAUUGAAAGUGACAAACAAUCUGAAUUUGGCAUCAAAAUUACAUCAAGUUUACCAGAAUAUUCAGGUUUAUCUGUUAAUUUAAACAAUAUUUAUAAGAACUCAAAUUCGAAUGCACUUAUUGCAACAUUAAAGGAAAGAGUGACGAUUAACGUUGGCAAUCAUACCAAUAAUGAAACAAAUAUUGAACAAAAAAAAGAAUUUCAUUGCCCUUGGUUUUUUUCAACUUUGCUUACUAUUUUGCUAUUUGAAGAAAAAUAUAAUAGACCACUAAACACUAAUGAAAUAAUAACAUUUUUGAAAGAAUCUAGCAUGAAUGGUAAUAUCAUAUUUGAUUUGAGAAAUUGCUUUAUUACAAAUAAACAUGUUAAAAAUAUAGUAACGAUUAGUGAAAAAAAUAUGAAAGAAUUGCAAUCCGAGUAUAUUUUACUUUUUGAUUUGAAAAGUUAUUUGACUCCGCACGAACUUCAACAAAGAAUUAGUACAAUGAAUAUUGACCUAAUUAAAUGGAGACUAAUACCUAAUUUUGAACCGAUUCAUUUUAAGAAUUUGAAAUUCUUAAUAGUUGGUAGUGGUACAUUAGGCUGUAGUGUUGCUAGAAAUCUUAUUGGAUGGGGUAUACGAAAUUUUACAUUUAUUGAUAACUCUAAAGUCAGUUUGAACAAUCCAAUUAGACAGUGCUUAUUUACGUUAGAAGACGCAAAAAAUAAGAAAAAUAAGGCUCAAGCAGCUGUUGAAAGACUUCGUUACAUUUGCCCUGAUAUUCAUGCAGAAGGAAUAGAUUUUGAAAUUCCAAUACUUGGUGAUUCUACACUAAGUCCUGAACAGUUUUUGAACUCAGUUGAUAAAACAAAAAAUAAUAUACUUGAUUCAGAUGUAGUGAUGUUACUUACUGACAAUAAAGAAUCAAGAUGGUUACCUACUGUUCUAGUUGCAUUACUUAACCGCUACUGUGAUAGAAAGAGGCCAAUACUAUGCAUUACAGUGGGAUUAGGAUUUGAUUCUUUUAUUGUAGUUAGAAAUACAUUUACAGAAGCAGACUAUUCUGCUUCCGGAUGUUAUUUUUGUGGAGAUUUUUCAAUAAAUUCAAAAAAUAACAUAUUCGAUAUUCCAGUUGAUCAACAAUGCUCAGUUGUCAGAAUGGGAGCGAGCUAUUUCGCAUCUUCUAUUGCAGUCGAGUUGGUUAUGAAUCUUUCUCAACAUCCGCUAACAUGGAAUGCACCUCAUUUAAGCAAUGAAUUUAAUAAAUCAGAAAAAAAUAAUGAAAAUAAAAGCCUUUUAGGCACAACUCCUCAAUGUAUUAGAGGCUUUUUGGCUGAUUUUUCAUUCUGCACAGACCCGAUUCAAAGAAAUAAAAGUUGUAUUGCUUGCUCAAAUGAACUAAUUGAUCAAAUUCAUAAAGAUGAAAUUAAUACAUUGACUGAAAUAUUUAUUAACCCUCGAAAGGUUGAAUCAAUUUCAGGUUUAAGCAAUUUUAAAUCUAAAGUCGAAGAAUCAGUAAUAGAAAAUUUUAACUAA